AUGAUAGCUGCCAGCUACAGGCGCGUGCAGGUGGAUAAAGAUGACAGGAAACAUCACGGAAACCCGGGAGAUGAAAACCACGUGCCUCCCGGACUGAGCUCGGACACCACGGAGAAGGCCCGGAUGGAGCUGAACGAAAACCCGGACACUCUGCACCAGGACAUCAAGCAGGUACGGGACAUGAUCGUGACGCGGCCGGACAUCGGCUUCCUGCGAACAGACGACGAGUUCAUCCUGCGCUUCCUCAGAGCCAGGAAGUUCGACCAUGUGGAGACGUUCCGCCUGCUGGCCCAGUACUUCCAGUUCCGCCAGCAGAACCUGGACAUGUUCCAGAGCUUCAAGGUGGACGACCCCAGCAUCAAGCGGGCCCUGAUGGACGGGUUCCCCGGCGUGUUGGAGGCUCCGGACCAACAUGGCAGGAAGAUCCUCAUCCUGUUCGCUUCCAACUGGGACCAGAGCCGGAACUCCUUCAUCGACAUCCUGCGGGCCAUCCUGCUCUCCCUGGAGGUUCUGAUAGAAAACCCGGAGCUGCAGAUCAACGGCUUCACGCUCAUCAUCGACUGGAGCAACUUCUCCUUCAAGCAGGCGUCCAAACUGACGCCCAACAUCCUGAAGCUGGCCAUCGAGGGCCUGCAGGACAGCUUCCCGGCCCGGUUCGGAGGGAUCCACUUCGUGAACCAGCCCUGGUACAUCCACGCCAUGUACACCAUCAUCAAGCCCUUCCUCAAGGACAAGACCCGGAAAAGGAUCUUCCUCCAUGGGAACAACCUGAACUCUCUCCACCAGCUCAUCCAGCCCGAGUGUUUGCCGUCCGAGUUCGGCGGGAUGCUGCCGCCGUACGAUAUGGGGUGGGCGCGGACGCUGCUGGGACCCGACUACAACGACGAGACCGAGUACACGCUGACGUACGACGCGCUGCACGUCAGGGAGAGCUGCGGCGGCGGCGGCGGAGAAAAGGACAUGAUGAAGAGGUCUCAGUCGACGGUGGAAGCCGCGGCGCUGCGGCAGAUGGACAGAGAGACGAGCACGCCGCUGCUGGCUCUGGACUGACCUGGAGCUCUGAUUUAAACCGGUUUAAAUCCAGAGGUCUGGAUUUGGGUCGGUUCGCUGCCUGAACUUCUUCAGCACCAGAACUCCCAUUAACCUGGAGCCUCCACCAACUGGUCUGAACUCAUCAGUGUUUCUGUUGGGAAUGUGGAACCUCAGGAUGAGAUCAGAGUUUAAUUAUCCGCAGGUUUCGCUCAUCUGAACUCCACCGUUAUCUAUCUGUCCUCCCAGCGGCGCCAAACCCAGCGGCGCCAAACCCAGCCCAUCUGAGCCGUCAAACUCCUCCCAGAUGAUCCAGUUUCCCGCCACCAGCAUCUGUCCAGCAGCACUGACCGACUGCUGCCGGACUGAAUCACGUCUCAGUCUGGAAACAGUUCAAACGCAAAAACAUGCAGCACAAAGUUUAAUUCGCAUAACGGGGCGGCUAACGAAAAAAACCAGUUCAGGAUAAUUGGAGGCUUCGCCCACACAUGAAUGAUGCCCCGCCCACGCUGGUAUCAGGCCACACCCACUGUGUGUCUCACCCACACUAGAACGAUUUCAACAUUUCCCCACUUCCACUUGAAAACAGUUUUAAGGAACAAUAAAUGCUGUUUAAAUCAGGUUCCAGAGUGAAAGCUACAGAAAAAGCUACUUUUGUGAAAAUGCUAACAUAUUAGCAUUAACAUGGGUAGAAACACGACAACAACAAUGGCGGAUUACAUGUUUGUGGUUGGAAAAAGUUCUGGAAAAGUUUUUCAUUGUGCUUUGUUGUUUUCUUGCUUUUACCGCUCAUGUAGAAGCUUUAUGUGUUCUCCAUGUUUAGCGCUGCCUACAGGUCUGGUGGAGUAAAGACUAGCGGUUUUUUCCAUUGUUUGUGUCUCAGUGUGGAUGGAAGUGGUUUUGAAACCAACAACCUGAUUUAAAAGAAGGAAACGUUCCUGUGUGGGCGGGGCCAAGCGCUGAGCCUGUGGCAGGAUCCCCGGAUGACCGGACAGUAAGCUGGCUGAGGUGAACACUGAGCCCUGUGGUACACCACAAGAGUACAAACCGCAUUUUCUAAAACUUUCAAGCUUUCAAAUGCUGUGAAAAAGUGUUAAAGUAUGAAACGUUAUUUUUUAGCUCAUAUUAUUUUUUAAAGUGUAAAUUCAUGUCUUGAGAAUCAGAUAAAUUUAAGGUUUUAUCAUUCUGCGGUUGCUACGUCAUGUUUGUUUACAGAGUUCUCUGCUGCCACCAAGUGGCCACUGACUGAACAGCAGGCUUAAACAUGGCGCCUCUUUGAAUCUUCACGUUUUGGUUUUUACCGCUGUUGCAUCAAACAUGCCACGUUCC